CCGUUUUGAAAAUAUAGAAUAUAUGCGUGUUGGUCUGAACAGGAUUCAGUUUGUCUUUUUCUAUUUGAGCAUGUCAUGGUAGGCUACAUAUUAUGUACACUAUAUACAUUUAUGUUGAACCUGUUUUCAAGCACGUGUUGUAAUCUAUGAGAAGUACAUCUCUAACAUACAUCCCGUCCAAACAAAGGACCAAGAAAAUAAAGUGAAAAGGCUGACAAGGUAAUCAAUAUGCAGGUCCCUAAUUCAGGGGGUCUGACAGGAAGUGCUCUCUGGCAGAUACCAUUACUGGUAUUAAUUCUGUCUGAGGAUUGGAAAGGGUCACACUGGUGUCAGUAUUCAGUGUGGCAGCGACCUGACCUCUUUGCCUGUCCUCAUCUUAUUUAAGCACGUGCACUGUCCUGCGAGCCUAUUAUAGAGGUGUGUUUGGGGGCUGGGGGACUUAAGACUUUAUGGUUGGUCUGGGGGCUUUUUGUCACAUUUAUACGCUCUCUGAUAAACUUAGAGUGUGGACAUUUGAUUACACUUUUUUAAAAUUCUUAGAUAACUGAAGAAACCUUUGUAUUCUGUAUAAAUCCAACUUGCACAUAAUUCAUAAUUAAUAGAGCUAUUAAUAAAGUGUGAAUUUGAAUAUGCGCCCACUUAUUGAGCAAGUGAAGCAUCUCUAAGUGUUUGUAUGUAUUUUAAGUUCAUUAUUAUUCAUGCACAUUAUUACACUAAUAACUUGAAAGGAGUAGAGCACAAUGGCUGCAGUCUCCUGGGGCAGAUCAUAUGUCUGCUUCUCUGGCUCCUUCCCCUUGACAAAAAACACACCCUAUAGUACCAGCAGCACAAUGGGGAGUGGUGCUAGAGGGGUGGCUGUAGCCAUAGCCUGUCUGUGAUUCGCUGACAUGGAUUCUAAUUGGAUCAAGUCGGAACUUGCUUAGCUGGAUGCUUUGUGCAUGGAUUGAGAGAAGUCUGCAAUGAGAGUAUGGCAGUAGACAGGAAAGGAGGAAGAGCAGCACUGAGGGAGGAGGCAGCAGAGGCUGUCCUGCACACCACUUUGAGAGUAAGAGAGAGGAGGAGUGAGCUCUAGAAAAGGGGAGUAUCCUGUCUGCCCUUCAGUGCUGCUGCAGCCCUCCCGCCCUCCUCUUCCUCACUCUACAUGCUCUUUUUUCUUUCUCCUUACUCAUCUGUUUCUGUGGCUGGUGCUGUGUGGACGGGCACCUGCCUAUCCCUGAUGAUUCAGCCUUUCUGUUGCCUGGAGCUCCACAGACAAGACAGCAUGUCCCUCGUGCCACUGCAGUGCUUGGCCCUCCUGUCCUCUACACCACAGCAACCGCAGCCUCUGCAGCUGGUCCGCCCCACAUCCUUGCUCCAAGUUCCCAGCAUUUAUGACAUAUCUAUUUUUAGGCGCAUGCUUUUUUCUUAAAAAAACGCACGAAUAAGGAUCGCCUUUUCCAAUAUUUAAAAGGCUCCCUGGGUGUUUCUGUUGACAAGAUCAGGGCAUUGAGUCUAAACAACGUUUCAAACUUUUUUCACAAAUCCCAGCUAAUAAUCAUGGAAGCAGCACUGGAUGAUGGCCGGCCACAGUGCGAUGCUUUGAGUUAAUAUUUUUAGAGUUACUUGAGCCUUCCCACUGUGGUGCCGGGAAGGAUGACUGAGGGAAUGGAGGACAUCAGUGCCGGGACGGUGCCCCCAACCAGUUCAAUGGUUGACACCGGACAAGUCCCAGAGGAGAAAGAGGAGACUGGGGCAGCUGAUGAGGCUGAAGAGGGAACUGAUAAGGAAACUGCGCAGGAGGGCGAUUCUGGACAGGACGAGGAGCAGGUAGAGGAGCAGCGAGAGGAGCAGAGAGGGGAGAGGGCUGGAGCCCCGGCCUUGCCUGUGACCUGCUGUGUAUGUGUACAAAUGGAGCAGAUUAACAACUGCCUUCACUCUGAGAAAAUCUGCAUCCUGCCCAUCCUGGCCUGUCUGCUUAGCUUAGCCCUCUGUACAGCUGGCCUCAAGUGGGUCUUUGUGGAUAAGAUCUUUGAGUAUGAACCACCCACACACUUGGACCCUAAACGUAUUGGACAAGACCCUUUCGUUAUAUCAGCUGAUCCCACCAUGGGAUUGACUUUGCCCCCUCCACAUUUGCCUUGGUCGACACGCUCUCCAUCCAGUGCUGUCCCCAUCACCUCUGGGCGUCCUGAAGUCUUGGUGGAGGACAAAUUUACUCAGCGGCCGUCUGUGCCUCUCUCUCCUAAAGUGACACAGAGUGACUCCUCAGUGACACUGAAAUAUAAUGCCGAAAAAACCACCCCUGGAAAGCAGACCCCCAGUGCUCAAACCACCCAGGGGUUAAACAGCAAUGACAUCCCAACUAUAUCAACCACCAGCACCACCACAACAUUAAAGACCUCCAGUCAUGUGACCCGCUGCAGCGACAGCCAGAAAAACUACUGCGUAAACGGAGGCGAAUGCUUCACCCUCGAAAUCAUGCCUGGCAGCACCAAGUUCCUCUGCAGGUGUCCCAAUGAAUUCACUGGUGAUCGAUGCCAAAACUAUGUAAUGGCCAGCUUUUACAAAGCGGAGGAGCUGUAUCAGAAACGUAUUUUAACAAUUACAGGGAUCUGCAUUGCCCUCCUGGUAGUUGGAAUCAUGUGUGUGGUUGCCUACUGCAGAACAAAGAAAGAGAGGAAGAAGCUCCAUGAUCGCCUGAAGCAAAGUCUCAGGAGAAAAAGAAAGAAUGGUGUGAGCUCCCGGGGGCGCCUAAGUUCUCAGCUGGCGCUACAAGACUUACAGCUGCCAAAUAAGAACAAUGGGGAGGCUGUACAGACUGCAGUAGAGAAAGACACAGAAACAUCAGUCUCCACAAGCAAAUGCGCCUUAUCUGCCAAUGAGCCCACUGCUCUCACACACAUCAGCCAAAGCUGGAGUAAUGAGUGGAGCACCAGUGUCCUGUCUGACACUGAGUCUGUCUCGGUGAUGUCAUUGGCGGAGAGUAGCCAGCGUGACACACAGGGCCGCCGGGGUCGUCUCUAUGCCACAGGCGGCACCAGAGACUUAAAUCCUCAUUCAAAGAAGUGCAGAGACACACCCAGCUCCGACAGGGACUUGUCUUAAAAUACGAGGUAUGUAUCAGCUGUGCCCUCUCCUGGUACUCCGGGGUCUCCCCCAUCAGAGAUGUCUGCUCCUCUGUCCAGCCUGGCCAUCUCUGUCCCCUCAGUGGCCCUAAGUCCC